UAAUGGAAAACUUGGAUCAAAAUACAAAUACAGAUGAUCGCAAUCUCCAACUCUCCUAAUUAGUUUUGCAAUAGAAAAGGGACAAAAUUAUACUACAGAAAAAGAUCUAGACUCUGGAAAGAUAAAAUAAGUAUGUAUCCAUUUGAUUAGAAACUUGUCUCAACAAAUGGAAUCCUAUAAAAAUGAAAAAGAAGAACUAGCAAAUUAAAUUAAAUCACUUAAAGAAUACAUAGCUAAACAAGACUCUGUGACUACUAAAUUAAAUGGAUUAAUGUAACUAAUCAAUUAUAAUGAAGAAAAAAAUUGCUUCAAAGAGAUGAAGAGUCCCAACAACAUGAUCAUUCAUUGAGUGCUCCUAAAACUGAUGCAAAAUCUUAUAAAUAAGACAAUUACGAGAGGAAAAAAAAAGAUAAAGAGUAAUCUGAUCAAUAAAUUUUCUAGAUAUUUAGAAGAACAAUAAAAGCUGGAUCUUAAUGAACAAAUUAUUGCUUAAUAUAAAAAACAAUCACUUAAAGAUCAAUCAGUUUCCAGCAAACUUCCACCAAUUGAAGAUACAAAGAAUAAACCAAUUAUAGUCUAAGUUCCAAAAAGCUAAUUAAAGAAAAUUAACCCUUAAUAUUUAAUUGAACAAUUGCAGAAGGAAUGAUAUUAUACA